UUUCCGAUCUUGCUUCCUCCCAGUUUCAUUGUUCUAUUUCAGUUUCUGGUGAUCCCAUCAUUUUUUUUGUUCUGUGUGGUGAUCUUAUUCCUCUGAACGUCUUUAGAUUGUGGUAAUAUAUCGGUGAUUUGAUUUUGUUUUGUCGGAAACUGUAAUCGUUUUGUCCGAAUCCCUCUCCUGUGUGUCUGUUUGUCUAGAAAUCUACAGAUUUUUAGGUUUCUUGCGUAACAAGUCACUAUACUGCUGGGAAUGUCCCGAGAAAUGGAUCUCCUUCCCUUGUAAUCAUUGUGAAGAAGAAAAGACUGACCAAUAUUGAACAAUGGGAACUCCAGUAAACAUUAUUGUCGGUUCUCAUGUUUGGGUUGAAGACUCAGACGUGGCUUGGAUUGAUGGUGAGGUUGAAAAGCUCACUAGAGAAGAAGUUGUGAUCCAAGCCACAACUGGAAAGAAGAUCACUGCAAAGUUGUCAAAGAUAUACCCAAAGGAUGUGGAAGCUCCUGCAGGUGGUGUUGAUGACAUGACAAAGCUGUCUUACCUGCACGAACCUGGUGUCCUUCAGAACUUAAAGAUCAGAUAUGAACUUAAUGAGAUCUAUACAUACACAGGAAACAUCCUUAUAGCGAUUAAUCCUUUUCAACGGUUGCCUCACAUCUACGAUGCCCAUAUGAUGCAACAAUACAAAGGAGCACCAUUUGGAGAACUUAAUCCUCAUGUUUUUGCUGUCGCUGAUGUUGCAUACAGGGCCAUGAUUAAUGAAGGGAAAAGCAAUUCGAUUCUUGUAAGUGGUGAGAGCGGAGCUGGAAAAACUGAAACCACUAAGAUGCUUAUGAGAUACCUUGCGUAUUUAGGAGGUCGUGCAGUUACUGAAGGAAGGACUGUUGAACAACAAGUUCUUGAGUCAAAUCCUGUUCUUGAAGCCUUUGGUAAUGCAAAAACUGUGAGGAAUAACAACUCAAGUCGCUUUGGUAAAUUUGUUGAAAUCCAAUUUGAUAAGCAAGGAAGAAUAUCUGGAGCUGCCAUAAGGACCUAUCUUCUGGAGAGGUCUCGUGUGUGUCAAAUCUCUGAUCCGGAGCGCAAUUACCACUGCUUCUAUCUUCUUUGUGCAGCACCGCAGGAGGAAAUUGAAAAGUACAAGCUGGGCCAUCCAAAGACCUUUCAUUAUCUGAACCAGUCCAAGUGCUACGAGCUUGUCGGUAUAAGCGAUGCUCAUGAUUAUCUUGCGACAAGGAGAGCUAUGGAUAUUGUCGGAAUUAGCGAAAAGGAACAGGAAGCAAUUUUCAGGGUGGUUGCUGCAAUUCUUCAUAUUGGAAACAUCGAGUUUACUAAGGGAAAGGAAGUGGAUUCAUCUGUUCCUAAGGAUGAUAAGGCCAAGUUUCAUCUUAAGACAGCAGCGGAACUUCUCAUGUGUGAUUUAAAAGCUCUUGAAGAUGCAUUAUGUAAACGUGUUAUGGUCACACCCGAGGAAGUUAUCAAGAGAAGUCUCGAUCCAGAGAGUGCUGUUACGAGCAGGGAUGGUCUCGCUAAGACAGUCUACUCUCGAUUGUUCGAUUGGUUGGUAAAUAAGAUUAAUAACUCGAUUGGACAAGAUGCGAAUUCAAAAUGUCUAAUUGGAGUUUUGGACAUUUACGGAUUUGAGAGCUUCAAAACUAACAGUUUUGAACAGUUCUGUAUCAAUUUCACUAAUGAGAAGUUGCAGCAACAUUUCAAUCAGCACGUUUUCAAGAUGGAACAGGAAGAGUACACAAAAGAGGCAAUAGAUUGGAGCUACAUUGAAUUUGUGGACAACAAAGAUGUUCUUGAUCUUAUAGAAAAGAAGCCUGGUGGAAUCAUUGCUCUCCUCGAUGAAGCUUGUAUGUUUCCAAAAUCAACCCACGAAACAUUUGCAAACAAGUUAUAUCAGACUUUUAAGGCUCACAAGAGAUUCAUCAAACCAAAACUCUCUCGAACAGAUUUUACCGUUGCUCAUUAUGCCGGAGAAGUUCUAUAUCAGUCUGAUCUAUUUCUGGAUAAAAACAAGGAUUAUGUGAUCCCUGAACACCAAGAUUUGUUGGGAGCUUCCAAAUGCCCUUUUGUCGUGGGUCUUUUCCCUCCACUCCCUGAAGAAACAUCUAAAUCUUCAAAGUUUUCAUCUAUUGGUUCUCGUUUCAAGCUGCAACUCCAGCAACUGAUGGAAACAUUAAAUUCUACCGAGCCUCAUUACAUCAGAUGUGUGAAGCCUAACAAUCUCUUAAAACCUGCCGUAUUUGAGAAUGUGAACAUCAUGCAGCAGCUGCGUUGUGGUGGUGUUUUAGAGGCGAUCAGAAUUAGUUGCGCAGGGUAUCCAACACGUAAACCUUUCUUUGAGUUUGUCAACCGCUUCGGACUUCUAUGUCCUUCGGCUUUAGAAGGGAGCUACGAUGAGAAAGUCGUGUGUAAAAAGAUAUUGGACAGCAUGGGACUUAAAGGAUACCAGAUUGGUAAAACAAAGAUCUUCUUGAGGGCUGGUCAGAUGGCUGAACUCGACGCUAGGAGGACAGAAGUGCUUAGUGGUGCUGCAAAAAAAAUUCAGAGACGAACAAGAACUCAUCAAGCUCAGAAACGGUUUACUGUUCUCAGAAAGGCCACAAUAUCUCUACAAGCUCUAUGUAGAGGUGAGCCAUCUGAUUUCAAUCGCGCUCUUUGGGAAAGGCUGAAGCAUUGGAGUGCCAUGUGGGCGCUGCUGGUAAGUCGCACUAUUAAGGUUCAGAGGAGGAGCAGAAGGCAUAGAUGAACCAGGAAUGAGGUGUGGUUGUGCCAUCAUCCGUGGGGGCCCAGAGAAAGAGGAAGGGGUCACCAGAUCUGUAUGAACAUUGGAGUUGCUACUGAUACGAUCAGGAUUGUUGUCAAAAAGAGGCAUUAGAGGAGAGGAGGAUGGUAUAGGCGGUGGUGAUAAUAUUUGUGGAGGUGCAGCUUCCGCAGGGGCAGUGGUGGGUUGAUGAGGUUGUAGAUGAUUUGCUGAUGACAUGUAUGGUGGUCCAGUUGCCGAUCCAGCCAAAGUGUUCCCAAGAGACAUCGCCUACGUAAACCAGCCUAUGCUUCCUACUGAGGAUCUAAACCAAUUUGAAGGUCAUUGUUAGUUGUUACAGAUCACUACUUACAGAUAAAACUAUGUACUAAACUACUUAUAUAACUCAAAAUUCAAACGCUAAGAAGAGAAUCCUAACCUGUAUUCCGACGAUUCAUCACAAUAAACUGAAACCGAGGCUGCUGCCUAUUUCUGAAACAACAAGAAACUGGAUUCCAUCAACGAUUCAAGAAAACAAUCACAUAUAAGUUAAAAACUUACCUCUUGACGACGAACAAAGUUAACUCUGCAACCAAUUAAUAGUUUGUAGUUUAAAUCAAGAACGUUCAUGUAUCCCGUUUCAAAAUGGCAUAAAAUUUAUAAACUGCUAUGAGUUGAUCCUCCAAAAAAUAAUUACAACAUAUAAGUCAAACAUGACAUGUGUUCGCUUAACACACCUCAUUGGCUGCAGUGAGUGAGAGUUACAGAGAGGGUCACAUCACAAGGGCAAAGCUACAAUGAGUGAGUGCUCACAGGAAAAUGAAUCACAAGAUGCAGAUUAUAUCUCUGUCAAAGAUGAGUACUGACUUGAGAAGCUUAACCAUGAUACAAGCCGCACCAAGAACAACUAGACGGAAAUCCCUUUUCACUACAGCAUACUUGUGCAAUACAGUGACUUGAAUAUAAUGUUAAACAAACUACUACCCCCUAACUGAAAAGAGGCGGAUCACAUUAUAAUGUUCAGCA